UCUCCAGAUGCACCUGAAGUGUAUUUGUUCACUCGUAAAGCCAAAGUGGGAGCUAACACAAUUUUGACGUGUCUGGCUACGGGCUUCUAUCCAAAAGACAUCACUCUGCAGAUCAAAAGAAAUGGACGUGUCCUGACUAUAGAGGACGGGCUUAAGACCUCUGGAGUUCUCCCAAAUGAGGAUGACACAUUUCAGAGRAAAGACUAUGUGGAGAUUUUGAAGUCUGAUGCUUCCACCUACACCUGUAAAGUCAUUCAUCCUGCCUCUAAAAUGCAUGUUGAAAAGAAUUGGGAUCAUAAUUGCAACGAAGAUGAACGACAUCCUAUCAACAUCAUAGGCAUUGUAGUAUCUGUACUGCUGUUGUGUACUGGUGUUGGCGGCGGAGUUCUUGUUUUUCUGUUUGGGUACAAAAAGAUGAGAUGCCCACUUGGCAACAGUGACGCCACCAGAACCCAAAACAAUGGUAGGUGUUUAUUUUGUUAAUUGGCUURGUUCUUUUAUAUGACAUGUAGGCAUAUUGUGGAAGACCAGCGGAGAAAGACUUGAGACAAAAAUUAUUGUGCAAAACAGGUAUCUUUGUGUCUUUUAUUAUUGUACUGACUCAAAUAAUUGCAUUAUCUCCUAAGCAUGGCUCUAACUGCUGUAGAAGCCUGUUAUUCACCUAUUUAUUUAAACCGGGUGUGCAGCAUCAGGGAAACACCUAAUACAAGCAGGAUCUUGGGACCUCUUGUGGUCUAAUGUAUGUGGGCCCUUGACAUUUAUGCUAAAUGUGAUACCGAUGUUAUUUAUGCAACCAAUCAGAGCCCCCUUUAUAAUCUGGCUUGUCAUUUCACGCCUAGUGCAGAAGAUACAAGGAUGUGUCAGAAAUGUCAUCUAGGAGGAGAAAUGCAUUUAAAUACUCUAAAGAAAUGUCAUUAAGUACCAGUGUACCUAAGAUAUAAAUUAAGCCUAAAUCCAGAAAAUGUGAACUUAACAGU